UGAAUCUCAUACUUUCCCCUGGCUCGGGCAUAUAGAUAAUAGCCCCACGGUCUGCUACUUCGUCAUGGUCGACGGACGCUCUCAUUUCUCUUUUUUCUUCCGGACUCACUUGCUGCCCGACUGACCCUUUCUUUUAGUCGGACGGGGGAACAUGCCUCAGUUUCAUAUGUUUGUCGUGUUCUCUGGCGCAACCCCAAGCAUUUCGCAUCUGUCCUCGUUUUCCCACCCGUCGUCUGGACGACUUAUGAGACGCCGGCCUACAACAGGAUGAGCUCAUCGUCAACCUCCCGCAGAACGCGCCGAGGCAAGAGCAUAUCGAAGCUGGCCUACACCAACGCCGUCUACUUCCCGAACGAACGCAUAUACCAGGGCGACACUCCGGGGGCGUUGAAUUACGGAUACACCAACCACGUGUACUACGCCUUUGCGAAUGUAUCGCCGGACGGUGGUGUUUUUCUGAGCGAUGAGUGGGCCGAUGCGGGCGCUCCGGUCGACGGCGUACAGGGCGGGUUGGGGUCGCUCAUGCAUCUCAAGCAGAGGCACCCGCACUUACAGGUCCUCUUGUCCAUUGGCGGUGGAAGAUCGUCCGCCGUCUUCCCUGUUGUAGCCGGGAGUACGUUAUGCCGUGACAAUUUUGCCCGUUCCGCGAAGGGCUUGGUGGAAGCAUCCGGGCUGGAUGGCAUUGACAUCGUCUGGGAAUACCCAUGUGAUCCUCAACAGGGUCUCGAUUUCUUGGCCCUCCUAGCCACGGUGCGACUCCAUCUCCCAGAGGAUCAGUACCUCCUGACUGCGGCUCUCCCUGCCAACAGGGGAAUCCUGCAGUAUAUCCCGUUGCAGAGCAGCGCCGAGUACGUUGACUACAUCAAUCUCAUGGCCUACGACUUCUUCGGCCCCUGGAUGUCUAAAAGCGGCCACCAUUCUCAGCUCUAUGCGAUGCAGAAAGACGAGGAGUCCGGUGCCAACGCCGUGCAAUAUAUCCUCUCGCAAGGGUUCCCCUCGAUGAAGAUUCUGUUCGGGAUCCCGCUGUACGGUCGCUCUUUUCUCGGUGCCUCUGGGCCUGGGCAAAACUUCAAGGGGGCAGGCGGAGACCAGACUGGCACGUUCGAGUACAAGAGCCUUCCCCUGGAUGGGGCCAAGGAAGUUGUAGACAAGAAGGCGAUUGCGGCUCAGUGCGUCGGAGCCACCGGGGGGUUUGUGACAUACGACAACCCUGACACGGUGAAGACGAAGGCGCAAUUCUGCAAGCAAAAAGGAUUAGGGGGACUGUUCUACUGGAACGGGCCAGCUGACGGGAAAGGCUCACGAAGCCUGGUGGCCGCCGGCUUUCAAGCCCUUCACAGCUCUUGAGCAUGUCGAGGAGCUCCUGCUGGGUCUCUGAAACAGGAGACCUCAUUCAUACGUUUUUACACCACGGUCCGUUCUGCAAAAGGCAUUACAUGUGGAGACUCUUCUCUUAUGCCUUGUCGGCGACGGACGGGCCUCGCCGAGGUCCUAGACUCGGCAUAUGUUGGAUGCGCAUCCUGUGUCGACAAUGUCCGGGAUACUUGAAACC